GGACGUAGCCGCUCCGUCACUAAUGAUGUAGCUGACGCGUUAGCAUAAUGCUAAUUAGCCGAAGCUUGCUGUGUGCUAUCUGACAAGAUUAUACGCAGUUUAAAUAACCUCUGAUCCUCAAUUAGCCUUUGACUCCGGUUAUAUGUAAUACACUGCGAUGGCACCAAGUUUCAUUCGGUUUUAGUUGGUUUAAUAGCUAAGUGUUUUUCAAAACAGAUGCUAGUUUAGGGUCAGGCCUAAUGACAAACAAACAUCUGUUGAGUGCUUGUAAACUCGUUUUUACAUCGGUAGCAAAUCCUUCCGUUGGUGGGUGUUUUGUGUUGUUUAACAGAACCAUUAACAGCAGUAGAUCUGACGUCGCUACCUUCAAAGUGGUGUAAUGAUUUACUGCGUUAAUGGUUAUUUAUUACUGAAUCAUCACGAGAUUUGUGAACGUGAAUAGUCGAGAAAUUUAUAGUUGAGCUUUUCUGCUGCAGUCAGACUAUUAAUCUGAUAGUUUAUUUCUAACAGCAGAACGUGGAGCAGCUGUUCAGACUCUCAGAUUAAGGAUGUGAUGCGUUCCUGGCUAGUGUGAUCGUGUUUGAGGAGGAAGAACAUGGCUGAUGUGUUGGGACAAAGAAGCUUGCUGGGCUUUGGUGUGCUGUUGGCAUGGUUUGUGCUGUUUCACUUGCUGGUCAACGUCUGGCUUCUGUGUGUAUUCACCAGCCUGCUGCUGGUGAUCAGUGGUUGGUUCGGCUCGCAGGCCAUUUUGCAGUCAAACACCAUGAUUCACCUGGAGAGAUUUAUCAUCCUGGAACAGGUGCCUCCUUCUGCAGAGGAAGAGCAACAUUUAGACAAGGAGAUCCAUAAUACAGUGAAAAAAAUCAUCAGGGACUUUGUCACUUCCUGGUACUCUACUGUGUCCUUGGAGUGCCAAUUUGAAAUGGAAGUUGAAGAAGCCAUGCUCUGCUUGGCCACGGAGCUGAAACAGCGUGCCAGACGUAUCGAUAGGAAAGAACUGACCCAGAAGUUCCUUAACCUGCUGGGAGGUCACCUGCAGGACUAUCUAAGAGCCAAGCAGCUGGUGGUAGAAAACCAUCCCACAGAGAAGAACCAGCUGUGGAAAGCGUAUUCCAAUAUCACUACGCCCCACAUCACCAUGAACGGUGACAUGGAAGAACUCAACUAUGUCAGAGCGGUUGUGGAUUUGUUGUUGCAUGUUUUGGUGCCAUCGCCUCAUUUAGAAACCCGUACGGGACGCUUUGUUGUUGGAGAGCUCAUUACCUGCAACGUCCUCCUCUCUGUUGUUGCUAAGUUAUCUGACCCAGACUGGUUGAACCAAGUUUUGAUUGAAAUUCUUGGUACAUCCAGCACAGCACAUGAAACAAGAGCAGAAGAGUCACCAACUUCUUCCCACCCUCCACCUUCCACUGAGUCUGAGGAGGCUCCACCUCAGCAGGCAACACUUGCACCUGAGAUGAAUAGUGAGGUUUCUCCACCUGGGACAGAAAUGGAGCAGAUUGACACCACAGACCUGGCUGUUCCUGAGCCCACUGCCCACGAUGAGGCGGACUCUGAGGAGGUACAUGUGUUUGCUGAAGAAGAUGAAGAUACUCAAUCCUUUUUAAGGCAUUACAUGGGAGGGAGAAAGUUAAACCCUUUCUACCAGGAAAAUGACUCAGACUUGGACUCUCCUUUAGCCAGCUAUAAACCAAGUUCCACCGACUCGCUGCUCAUGAUGGGUCAACAAGAGGAUCUGUAUGAUGGCUCCAAAGAGUUUCCUACAGCUGCUGAAAGCAGUAAUGAAGUGGACUUGGAAGAUGUCUCAUGUCCUAAAGUCCUGGUAAAUUCAAUACUUGUGGAGUGUCCUGCUGACAGGGGUACAUCUUUGGUCCAGAGAACAGAGGAGCCUUACAGCAUCAGCAUCCUUCAGGAACAGAACAGAGAGGGUAGCUCCUUCGUGGAAAACCCAGACAGGAAUCUGCUUUUAGGAGUAGAGCAGACUGGAACGGGUAUUCCAAAUGAACUGACUAUCACAAGUCCACUGCAGACUGGUUCUCCAGUGUCAACGUUCAGCUUUGAGCCCCUCAGCAGCCCUGAAGGACCAGUCGUCAUCCAGAACCUUCGCAUCACAGGCACCAUCACUGCUAAGGAGCACAGAGGAACUGGCUCGCAUCCCUACACGCUCUAUACCAUCAAAUAUGAGACAUCAGUGGGUUGUGAGACCCCAGGAAGCAUCCAGCCAAGCUCUGAGGAUGUAGAAGUCAUUCAAGCCAGUGGGGAGAAUCCGUUGUCCAUCCAGCCUGUAGCCUAUCACAUGGUCAACAGGCGAUACAGCGAGUUCCUCAACCUGCAGACUAGGCUGGAGGAGAAAACCGAACUGCGGAGACGUAUCAAAGGUGUGAAAGGCCCAAAGAAAUUAUUUCCAGACAUGCCGUUUGGAAACAUGGACAGUGACAAGAUCGAGGCCAGGAAAGGUUUCCUUGAGACCUUUCUAAAGCAACUUUGUGCCAUUCCUGAAAUAUCCACCAGUGAGGAGAUGCAGGAGUUCCUUGCUCUCAACACAGAUGCCAGGAUUGCUUUUGUUAAAAAGCCUUUCAUUGUGUCACGCAUAGACAAGAUUGUGGUGAAUGCUAUUGUGGACACCCUGAAGACUGCAUUUCCUCGGUCAGAACUCCAGAGUCCAACUGAGGACAAUGAGGCAGAGGUGGAUGGAGGGAAGUUGUGCACGGAGAAGAAGAGUAGGUCUCGUCUGAAACCCUCCGGUAAGAACAUCCCGUUUCUGAACGGCUCAGACAUUAAACCAACAGUUCUGUUUGGUUGGGACCAAACCAACAGAGUUUUUAAUGGGAUGCUUCUGGAAGAUUUUCAGGCCUUUAUCACUGAAUUGGAGAAGCUUUCAAUCAGAAAGAUGGUGGAGAUGGAGGGUAGCCCAGUGCUGGGACAGGAAGUUGCUUACAUGUAUCCGGACAGGAGGGAAAAGCAGAGUCAGGGACAUGGGGAGAUGGAUCUGGCUGAAGUGGCUCUAAACAUCCUGUGUCUGCUGAUGAGGCAGCAGUGGAGCUGGUUGUGCACGGAAAGCCUUCAGAGGACUGUCAGGUUGCUGUUUGGCACCCUCAUCAACAGAUGGCUAGAUGUUGGUGUGGGCAACCUGACAAGUCUGAGGUACUGGGUGGUGUACCUGCAGGUGAUACAGGAAGCUGUGUGGCCAGGAGGAGCUCUGCCAAGUGUCCAUCAACCUGAACGUAACCAGCAGCAGAAGGACUCCACCAAGCUACAAGCCUUACACUGUCUGAUGAAACUCCUGCCAGAUCUGGUUUCAGAUAUGUUGGGUUCAGAUAAAUACAAACUAAGCUGGCAAACUGCUCUGGAUUCGUUUCAAGACCCUCUCAUUAACAGGCAUCUGGUCUACUGUAUAUUUGAUCUUCUUUUGGACUUCCUGGUUCCUGAGUUACCAGAGGACGACUUCCAGAGAAAUCUUCUGCAGACCCUCUCAAAGAACCCAGAGAAGCUGGUGGGAUGAAGCAGCCACUCACAGGAAAAGAAAA